AAAUAUGGAUGCAUUUUAUUAUAACUUAAAAAGUCAUAAGGAAUAGUAAAUUCAUUAAGAAUUGAUGUUACAUUAUGAACGAUUUCGUUUCUUGUAUUUGGUCGGGGAUUCAUUGACCUAUAUUUGUUUUAUAAUACGCCAAAGAAAAUCUCUAUUGGAUUAAGUUGAGGCGAAUAGGGGAGCAAAAUUCUACUCGCACUUUAAAACUAUCAAUGAGGUGACUUUUAUGGAUGGAUGCAUUGUCUAUAACAAUAACUGCAUCCCUUGUAGACUAUUAUAAGCUCCCUCGAUGAUGCGAUAAAGUAUGACACCUUCGAUUCCCAUAGUACAUAAUAUACUUAAAUUUUUACCAUUAGAUGGUGGGACUUUAACAGUUGGCAUAACAUUGUAUGGUGCCCAGGCGUAAACAGAGAAAAAAUGGUGUUAUUCGAGGAAAUUUCACGUUUGUGCUCCGAGGAAAACAAUCAAUUCAAUCAAAGAAAGUUACUAGAAAAAGAAGGCACGGCAAAAAUUGUCGAAACAUCUAACUUAAUGAAAAAAGACAAGGUUACGCGGCGGUAUAAAUAUUGUAGGUCACACACUGAUAUAAAUAUAAUUCACGGGACUGUCCCAUAUUUAGGAACUUUUUUAACGGAUUUGACUAUGCUACACACAUUAUUACCUGAUUUUAUUUCUAAAAAGGAUUUUGAGAUAAACGCAAAUGGAAAAAUUGAGAAUACAACUAAAAAUAUAAGACAUGACAAAAUCCCUAAUAUCUCCGACGAACUUAACACUCAUACACAUUUAAUUAAUUUUGAUAAAAAGCGCAAAGAAUUUGAUAUACUGAUCCAAAUGAAAAUUUUUCAAGCAUCGGCUUCUAACUAUAAUAUACAUCCUGAUCAUAAGUUUUGGAAAUGGUUUGAAAAAUGUAUACAUUUUGAUUAUUUUAAAAAGUUUUAUCGAAAUAUAAAUGAUGAUAAGAUAAAUUACAAGGAUUAUAUAUUAGAUAGGCAUUCGAUGCUACAAUCAUUCGAAAAAACGGCUAACCUAGAAUCUCUAAAAAAAUUUAAACAUAGUAGUCAGGCUGCGUUUGAUGGUUCAAUCUGCGUUAAAAGUGACAAAAACUUAUAUCUUCACCAACAAAAUAUCAAUAUUUCGAAUUGCACCAAUAAGUGUAAAGAUAUUAAAUCAGAAAAAUCUAUAAAAAAUUGUAUUGCUUCAGAUGACAUUAAAAUAACGAAUCUUAAUAAAAGAUCCACAAAUCUGGUUUUUGACGAUUUUAGUUACAUUUCAAAGGCAGUCGAGGAUAUAUAUUCUAAAGGCAUUCACAAAAAUGACAAUGAAAAUGAUGAUGUCGAAGCCGCCGCUCCUAUUUAUGUGUGCAGCUCAUUAAAUUCGAAUUCAACAAAUUCCAAAAAUAAUGGCGCCACUAUUGAUACCGUCCAUGAUUCCGGAGUAGAAUCAUUGAGUCAUUUUAACGAAUCCGAUUACCAUCAUGAUCCAUCCAUUAAUAAUCACUUCCUAACUGAUUGCCACCAGAGCUUAGUGCCAAAAACUAGAUAUACAGAUCGCGAUUCACCUGAACUUAUCAACCCCAAAGCUGAUGAUAGUUGUAUUAUCAAAAUUUACUUGGAUAAAUCUUUUGGCAAUAAAUAUAAAUCGAAUUUAUAUAAAAGUCUAUGGAUAAAUAAUUCAGAUAAAACUACCGAUGUUAUUAUAAAAGCCUUGUUGAAAUAUGAUCUCAAUGAGGAUGUCAAUAAUUUUGAAUUAUGCCAAACUGAUAUUCUCAAAUCUCAAAAAUUAUCCUCUACUGGACCAUAUAAAAAAAUGAUUCCGAAUGAAUUCACACUUCCUAAGGAUGCUAACGUUUACUAUGGCAUGCAUGAGACAAAGGAAAUAAUUUUCAAAAUUGUCAGAAAAAGUCAGGCCCAAAAAGAUGUCAAAUUAAAAAAAUUUGGCUUAAUAAAUUAUAUUACAACAAGCAACGCGAGAAAAUAUAAAGAUCCUAGUAAAUGCCAAAAUAAGAUAAAAUUGCUUAAUGAAUCCAGAAGCAUAAAUUUUAUCAAAACGCAAUCGGAGCUAAAUAGUGAAAGACAAAGAAGAUGGCUAAACGCUAAUGUUUUGGAUAUUUUAAAUUAAGUAGUUUUUCUGAAACAUAUAAUUAACAUAUGAAUUGUGCAAUAAUA